AUGGCUUCCACGACUACCACUUCCAUCCUCAUAUUAGCAGCAAUCCUACUUUCCGGGAUGUCGCCGCCACCGGCCGCGGCGGCCCGGACCUUCUCCGGCGAGACAUCGAUGGUGGAGAGGCACGAGGCAUGGAUGGUGCAGUACGGACGUGCCUAUAAAGACGAUGCCGAGAAGGCCAAGAGGUUCCGAAUUUUCAAGGACAAUGUGGACUACAUCGAAUCCGUCAACGAGGCCGCGACCACGUCCUACAAGCUUUCGAUAAAUCAGUUCGCGGAUUUGACAAACAAGGAAUUUCAAGAGUCGCGCAACGGAUAUAAGACCUCCGCUCGCCCCAAAACGUCGGCGUUUAGGUAUGCGAACGUGACCGCGGUUCCGUCGAGCGUCGACUGGAGAAAAAAGGGGGCCGUCACCGGUGUUAAAGAUCAAGGCCAAUGCGGAUGUUGUUGGGCAUUUUCCGCGGUCGCGGCCGUCGAAGGAAUCCACCAACUCAAGACAAAGUCGCUCGUAUCCUUAUCCGAGCAAGAGCUCGUUGACUGCGACACAAGCAAGGACGAGGGAUGCAACGGCGGACUCAUGGACAACGCCUUCGAGUUCAUCGUCCAAAACCACGGCCUAACGACCGAAUCGAGCUAUCCAUACCAAGGAACGGACGGCACUUGCAACUCCAAGAAGGAAUCCUCGAGCGCGGCCAAGAUCACCGGGUACGAGGAUGUCCCCGCCAACAGCGAAUCGUCAUUGAGGAAGGCAGUGGCGAAUCAGCCGGUAUCCGUCGCCAUCGACGCUAGCGGAUCCGAUUUCCAGUUCUACUCGAGCGGAGUGUUCACGGGACAGUGUGGAACUGAUCUAGAUCAUGGUGUCACGGCCGUCGGAUACGGGAACACGAGUGACGGGACCAAGUAUUGGCUCGUGAAGAACUCGUGGGGUACAAGCUGGGGCGAGAGCGGAUACAUUCGGAUGCAGCGCGGCGUCGACGCCGCCGAGGGGCUGUGUGGCAUUGCAAUGCAGGCUUCUUAUCCGACGGCCUAGAU